AUGGGGUCAUUGUAUCGAGCUAAGUCCACUCAUAUGGUGGAUCUUAAGGGUAAAGGUAUCCUCUAUGAGGAUGAUGACGAGCCGAUUAAACUUUCUGAUCAGGAUGACUCAGAAGUUAUUAAUGAAUAUCGUAUGUCCCUGAUCAGAAAGCAUCGCAUCACAACAAAUGACUUGGGUAAUGGCAAGUUCUUAUUCAACUUCACAACUGAAGAAGACCUUAUGUUGGUUCUUCAAAAGGGCCCUUUCCAUUACAAUUACUGCAUGUUUGUAUUGGUGAGAUGGGAACCGAUUGUCCACGAUGAUUACCCUUGGGUCGUUCCCUAUUGGGUGCAACUGAUUGGAAUGCCUCUGCACUUGUGGACGGUUAAGAACAUGAUGAAUAUUGGAAGCAGAAUUGGGCAUGUGGAUGAAGACACGAUUGAUCUCAUAGAUGGUCACAUGCGCAUCGACGUUGACUCAAGACGCCCACUAAAGUUUAAAAGGAAAGUUGAAUCUUCUGAGAGAGAAGAGGUAACCAUUGAGAUCAAGUAUGACAUGCUAUUCAAACACUGCACCACUUGUGGUUUAAUGUCUCACGAGAAAGGAUAUUGUCCUACUCUAGAUACUAAUCGACCUCAAUCUCUUACGGAGCGAGGGGAUGUUUUUGCUCGAGUUCAGUUGCCUCUGGAGCAGUUUGGUCGUCAGCCAUUGCUGAGGGACUACCGCAAUAGGGAAUUAGAAGCUAAUCGACAGCCUUUACUGAGGGAUAAUAGGAGUACAGAUGCAGACACUUGGUUGCCUACUGAUCAAGGAAGGCAGGAUUACAACGCUAGACAUUUUGUUGUGGACACUUAUCAGUCUCGUUCGAGAGGACCUAUCCAUCGUAAUGACUCUCAUUCUGAUAGGAUUAUAGGUAGACGGGAUGAGAAGCACAACAACAAUCGGUAUGGAAGCUCUCGAUAUGGUACAUGGACUUAUGAUCGUAAGGAACAUCUCAGUUGGCGCGAGAAAUCGCACAACAAGUCAAGAGAGAAUGAUAUGGGUACUGAUCAAGUCCGGAAUGGAACUUCAACUUCAAGGGAGGCUGUUCUUUAUGACCAUACAUCGAACAAGAACUAUACCCCAAAGACUGAUGAGGUAGCUCCCCAGAGUGGAGGGCCAAGUGGGUAUAAAAGGUUGGCCAGUGCCAUUGUUACCCCGUCUCGGCAACCACCUUCUAAAGAGGAUAACAUCACAAUUAGGGACAAGAGUGUGGCUCUUUCACUCACGUUCUCUCCGCAGGUUCCAGACAAUAAAGUGGGGAAUGAUCAAAUCAUUGGACCCCUCAAUGACAUGGAGAUAAUGGACCCAAAUGCGGAUGCUAUGAUGGACUAUGAUGUUCAAGAUAAUGAUUUGUUGGGGGAAGAUUUCAUGGACGUGGAACUGCAAAAGGAUGAAGUAAAAGGACGUCCCUCUACAAGGGAUUUUAAUGAGAUAACUGAUCAUAAUGAGAAAAUAGGAGGAAGGCAACGCCCCGAUAGCUCGUUCUUACAUUCUAGGCAGAUGCUAAGCGAUUGUCGUAUGCUGGAAUUUCCUUUUACUGGAGAUAUGUUAUCAUGGGGAUCAGAUCAUCGUCCGGUCCUCACAAAUAUUCUCACAAAAUCAAUAACGAAGUCGAAGAAGUUCAAAUUUGACAAGACAUGGCUGGAUAAUGAGGAGCUAAGGCAAGUAAUUCUUGAUGGAUGGAAAUCCCCAGAUCUCCCUCCAGAUGCAAGUAUUAUGGAGCAUAUUUCGAGCUGCCGUAAAGCGUUGGGUGAGUGGAGGAGACAUCACAAUUUGAACUCAGCAAAGCAAGUAGAGGAACUAAAGGAGAAGAUAGAGUGCAUGUACUCGAAUGAUGAUGCUACAAGCGAGGCAAAGCCCCGUGAAUUUGAAGUGAUGAAACUAGUCAGAAAAUACGGUAAAGGAUCGUGCCAAUGUAUCAACCUUGAGAAAUCCUCUUUACUCUUUGGUAAAAGGAUUAACGCAACUGCAAAACAAGAGAUUAAAGACACACUUGGAAUCUAG